AUGUUGGUGGCAAAUGAUGAAGAGAAAACUAACUCUGAAGAAGAAUCACUUUCCAGUACUCCAUUACUACAGGAAGUGGUAGAAGAAGAGGUGGAAAUAUCAGUUGAUGCCUUGUCUGGUCACAUAUCUCCUAGCACUAUCAGGAUACAUGGAAAGACUUUAAACAAGCAAUUCAUUACCAUAUUGGUGGAUAGUGGCAGUACAUAUAGUUUUAUAGAUCCUGAGUUAGCCAAGUUGAGUGGAUGCUUAGUGGAUCCAACUGCAACAUUCCAAGUAGCUGUGGCAUAUGUAAACAAACUGGUAAGCUCUUCGAGAUAUCCAAAAUUUCAGUGGGAAAUGCAGGGUCAUAAAUUCCAUUUUGAUAUGAGGAUCCUAGCACUUGGAGGGUGUGACAUGGUCUUAGAAGUGGAUUGGAUGAAAGGAAUCAGUCCAGUCCGGUUUGAUUUCAAAAAAAUGGUUGUUACAUUUAAUAUGUACGGGAAGAGGGUGGUGUUACAAGGUAUUGCUGCUGAUCCUGAGAAGGUUGCUUGCAUGGUUAAGUGGCCAGUACCAUCCCCCUUAAAGGACCUCAGAGGGUUCUUAGGCUUGACUGGUUACUAUAGGAAGUUUGUUAAAUAUUAUGGCCUCAUCUGUAAGCCAUUAACUGAGAUACUUAAGAAGAAUAAAUUCCAGUGGAGUGAAGCAGCACAAGCAUCUUUCCAACAAUUAAAAGAAGCAGUAACAACUACUCAUGUGUUGGACUUACUAGAUUUCACCAAGCCCUUUGAAGUGGCAACUGAUGCUUGUGAUGUGCGAGUAGGAGUUGGCUUAAUGCAAGAGAAGAGACCUAUAGCCUUCAUUAGCAAAGGUAUGGGAAACAGAUUUCUAGCUCUAUGUACUUAUGAGAAGGAAAUGAUGGCUAUUACUCAAGUUCAGCCAACAUGGCUCCAAGAUAUUCAAGACAACUGCAAUAAUGACUCCAUUACUGAAAAAUGGAUUCAAGAACUGACAAUAAAAAAUCAAGAGAUAGAUGGAUUUACUUACUUGAAUGGAGUUAUGAGGUACAAACAAAGACUAUACAUUGGACAGUCUGGUGAUCUGAGGAAGACCAUUAUUACUGCCUUGCAUUCUUCACCAGUUGGGAGACACUCAGGAGGAAAAAAUACUUAUCAUAAAGCCAAAUUAUACUUUCACUUGAAGGGAAUGAAGGAACACUUUCUUACCUUUGUCAAGGAGUGUGAUGUUUGCCUGCAACAUAAGGGAUUCAACACCUCACCAGCUGGAUUAUUACAACCAUUACCCAUUCCAAAUCAAACAUGGGAGCAUAUUAGUAUGGAUUUUAUCACAGGGUUGUCCAAGUCUGAAGGAAGUGAAGUUAUCAUGGUAUUGGUAGACAGGAUAACAAAGUAUAACCAUUUUAUUGCAUUAAGUCACCCAUACACAACUGCUUCAGUUGCUACAAGGCAGGAAUUCAUGCUGCAGUUGAAGACUAUUUACAGCAGAGAUAAGAAAUGGGACAAGUUCUCAAGGAAGCCUUGGUAUCUGCACAACACAGAGUCAAGCAACAGGCAGAUAAGAAGAGAUAAGAAAGAUUAUUCAAUGUGGGUACUUGCCAAGGUAGGUGUUGUGGCUUACCAGCUGAAAUUACCAGUGGGAUCUAGAAUUCAUCCUACCUUUCAUGUGUCACAACUGAAGCCUAAGAUAGGUGUUGGAGUGGUAUCUCAGACUCAAUUUCCCUCUGCUGACAACAAUGGCCAACUUCAGGUGUCUCCAGAGAGUGUUCUAGCUACCAUAAAUAUUCAAAUUAAUCAGCAAGCUAUAUCCCAAGUUUUGGUGAAAUGGAAAGGUUUAACUAAUUCUGAAGUAAAAUGGGAAGACAACCAGCUCAAGAUAACACAAUUUCCAAAGUUCAUCCUUGAGGACAAGGAUGUUGUGGAGUAG